AUGUUCAGAUCCUUAUUGAGACUCCCAACACAAAUGGGAGGUAGCAUAACCUCCAAAGCAACCAUCGGCUCAAGAUUGACUGUCUCCCCAAUUUUAACCGCUACAAGAUAUGCCACAAUGGUACGCACACCCAUCUCUUUCCAAUUCAUGAAACCACCAAGCAUGACCACUUCCCCACUGGGAGUGACAGCACCAGUACCUGUCUCACAACCAGUACAAGUAAAAUUCACACCAUCUCCAGCUGUGUUGAAGGAAAUACAAGAAUUUGUGGAUAGUUUGAAUGUGGAACAAAUUUGGGCUGAUUCAGUAUUGAGAAAAAGAAGAUUGAAGAUGAAGAAACAUAAGUUGAGAAAGAGAAGAAGAGCUCAAAGAUCCUUAAUGAAGAGAUUGGGUAAGUUGUAA